GAGUGGCCAUUGUGAGGAAUUGGUUGAACUGGAUGUGAGGUUCUUGGUGAUGGUAUAGAGGUCCGAUGUGUGUGGGUGGAAGAAAGGAAUGCGCGGUGGACGGAAGCUUUUGUACCUCGCAUCGCACCUGACUGAAGUGACGUAACGGCUAUGCUGCCAAGCUCGCAGUGCUAGAGGAGGCGAUUCCGCCAUGUCCCCGAAUCACCAUCACCAAGGCAGGCCGCGGCUAGCAGGAUGCGGCUUGGGCCAGACCCCAAACGCCCAAAUGCCAUCAUGGCGGGCAGGAAUUGGCGCACCACUGUGCCGCCACACCACAGGUGUGCAGGCACUUUUUCCAAUGUCCAUGAUCGCAGAUCUGGGGUACGUCAUCCGAAGCGUGAGCUUUCUCCUGCCAAGCCCGGCCCAAGCUCCCGUUCAUCCUGGCUUCAACCGUCCCCGGCCCGGCUUCAACCGUCUGCAGUCAACCGUCUGCAGUCAACACCACACUCGCGAUCACGUCUGCUGCUUGCCAUUCUUUCACGUCUAGCUAUCUAAGUGAUACUAGAUAUACGUACUUCGAACAGAACAAAACCAUGGUUGCAAUCGCCCUGUGCAUCUUAAAUCUACCAGUUCCACAGCAUACAUACUGCACU